UUCCUUCGUGCCCUGAGCUGUCCUUCAUUCUCUGGUCUCACUCUCGAUCUCACAGACGAACGCCCUACACAACUGAACACAGAAACAUUAGCUCCUUUUACUUCUGUGUUUACUUUGAACCUUCUUCUUCUUCUUCUCGUUUUAUUUAAAAUUCAUCUAUCUUCACUCUUUUGUACUUAGGGUUAGGGUUGGGGUUGGGGGUAGUGUUUCUUUUGAAAGUCCUAUCUACCAAUUUGUUUCUCUCUCUUUUUUGUAAUGCUUCACAACCCUCUUAAUUUAACUCAAAAACAGCAAUGUACGGUCACUCUCAGCCAAUGAACAUCCCCACUCAAAUGUCCGCCGGCGCCGACGAAGACGACGUCUCUGUCGGCGCCGAUAAUCACCACCUGGGCUACGACGCUCACUCCCUGGGAAACGGCGUUGUCAUCGAAGAUGUUGCUCCUGGUUCUGUUUACGGUUCAUCCUCUGGCUCUGAACUGGGUAAUUCGAGCCAGCUCACCCUCUCCUUUCGCGGCCAGGUCUAUGUCUUUGACGCGGUCACUCCUGAUAAGGUUCAAGCUGUACUGCUACUGCUGGGAGGAUGCGAGUUUUCAUCGGAGCCACCAGGAAUGGAGGUGAUUCCACACAAUCAGAGGGGUGUUGCUGACCUUCCAGGAAGGUGUACCCAACCACAGAGAACUGCUUCAUUAAAUAGGUUCCGACAGAAGAGGAAAGAACGCUGUUUUGACAAGAAAGUCAGAUAUAGUGUCCGCCAAGAAGUUGCUCUUAGGAUGCAGAGGAACAAAGGUCAAUUUACUUCAGCCAAGAAGUCUGAAGGGGGAGCUUUUAGUUGGGGUAGUUCCCAGGAUUCAGGGCAGGAUAACAGUUCAUCAGAAACCUUGUGUUCACAUUGUGGCAUUAGUUCAAAGUCCACGCCCAUGAUGCGACGUGGUCCGUCUGGCCCAAGGUCUCUCUGCAAUGCCUGUGGUCUUUUUUGGGCAAAUAGGGGUACUCUGAGGGAUCUUUCCAAGAAAACCCAGGACCAUUCCCUCACUCCAAUUGAGCAGGGUGAAGGAGAAGCAAAUGACUUGGACUGCAGAACGGCCUUCCACACAGACAACGACCUAGUUUCUUUCUCAAAUGAUGAGGACACUGCUUUAUUAACUGAGCAUUAAGUCUUCAUACUAUAAUUAGUUAUGGUGGUCAGGCUUUGGCGAUGUCAUUAAAGUAGAAGUUUUUUCUAGUACUUAAAUUUAGCUUGUCCUUUAUGUACAGAUAUUAUAGUCCCCUCGUCAAUAUAUGAGGUUGUCUCUUUGUAUUUAUUGCUACUUUACAUGAGGUCACCGCAAAGGCAACUCUUAGAUGUAUCACCCAUAAACCAAGCUUAAAAUCAGAUAAUAAUAUUUGUAAAUUGUAUA